AUUUGGAUAAUAGAAGACAGAAGUGGAUUUUUAAUUUGCCAAGUAUUUUUUUAAUAUUUUUAUACUAAAUAAAAAAAGGUAUUUCAAAGUUGUAAAUGAAACAAAAUAAAAAUCGAAUUAAGACAGCGAACAGUAAAUGAGUCCAAUCAUGACUUUUCUUACGGAGAUUAAAAAGUUAAGACUGAUACACUUAUGUAUUGCGAUCACUUUUUUCAUAUCGGGUCUGGUGAUAAAUUUGGUGCAGCUAACUCUUCACUUGACAUUAAAGCCCUUCAAUGUUGUGCUCUUUAGACGCAUCAUGUUUUAUCUCUGCUAUUCGCUAAACUCACAGCUACUAUUUGUUGCCGAGUGGUACUCGAAUAGCACACUACAUGUUUAUAUCGAUCCAGACGACUUGGAGAAAUUCUGUGGCAAGGAACAUGUUUUAUUAAUGAUGAAUCAUACAUAUGAAAUUGACUGGCUAGCCGGCUGGAUGUUUACGGAGAAAAAUCACGUUUUGGGUAAUUGCAAAGCGUAUGCCAAGAAAGCUAUAUCAUAUGUACCCGCAAUCGGUUGGGCAUGGUAUUUCGCUGAAUUUGUAUUCUUAGAGCGUUCCUACGAUAAGGAUAAAGAAAUAAUUGCGCGUCAAUUGAAGGAGGUGUUUGCGUAUCCAGAUCCCGUCUGGUUGCUGUUAAAUGCCGAAGGUACACGCUUCACACCGAAAAAGCACGAGGCCUCCGUUAAAUUCGCUCAAGAGCGUGGUAUGACCGUACUGAAACAUCAUUUAAUACCGCGCACCAAAGGUUUCACUGCUAGCUUACCCACGCUACGUGGCCGCUGUCCAGCCAUUUACGACGUAAAUUUGGCCUUCAGAAAGGACGCAAAGCACCCACCGACUAUUUCUACGAUAUUAAAUGGCUACCCCAUAGAGGGUUACAUGUUUGUCCGUCGCAUCCCACUCGAGAAUGUACCUGAAGAGGAGACAGCAGCUGCGGAGUGGCUGCAAAAUUUGUUCCGCGAAAAGGAUCGCAUCAUCGACAGCUUCCACACAACAGGCAGUUUCUUUGAAACAUCAGGAUUUAAGGCAGUGCCCGUAAAACAAUUUAAAUAUCGGCCAUAUAAUCUACUCAAUUUUGCACUCUGGUCAUUAUUUUCCAUAUCAUUAAUACUAUACUAUCUAGUGUCUUCAUUUUUGGCACAAAAUUGGAUUGGUCUUUCGAUUGCUGUCGGCAUACUGUUAGCAAUCUACGUAAUGAUGGUGAAGUCAAUAAAUAUGUCAAAAAUCAGUAAAGCUUCCUCAUAUGGCUCCGAAACAUCGAAGUCGAAGUAAUACAAGUGUCAGGCAUACUAUUGUAUGAGAUUUGCGGGCGACCAUCCAUAACAAAUUUUAUCGAUACGCACAAGCGUAGACCAUAAAACAAGUGUACAAACGACGAAAUUGUAGCAUAAAUAGUAUGUAAUUCAACUGUUAUGUUCGUUAGAAGAACGGCAAUCAUUUAGUUUAUAUUUCAUCAAACAAAGUAUCAGCGAUCAAUUUAUGUAUAUUUGUGAUACACUUGCGAAAAUAUAUUUACAACAAAAUAUAGGCACAAAUUUACAUAUGAAUGUAUAUAAGGCAAAGUGAGUGAAGAACACAUUGUAAUUAUAAUCAAUUAAUAUAUUUGUAUUGGGCUACAGUAAAAUAGCGCUGCCUGUGGAAUGUGUUAGACCAACAGUAGUCGAAUUAAAAUGAAUUGUAUGUGUAAUUUUACAGUUACCUAGCAUUCCAAUGUCAGUAAUAUGAUUUAGUUUUGAAUGAGAAAUUAUAGUCUUCUUGAAAAUGUUUCCACAUAAUCAUAAAGCACAAUUAAACCACCUAUAAAUUGUAAUAAUAAGAAAUUUUAUCUAUUGUAAAACAGCCCUAGAGUAUGAGUUUUAAGAAAAAACUUCCUUUAGUCUUAAUUGUAAACCAAAGGAGAAGUUUAAAUGGAGAUUAUUAUUGUAACCUGAAAUAAGACGAACAAAAGUUUUACGAACUUGGAGUAAAUAUGCAAAUAAAAUCAGUUGAAAAAAUAUAAUUUUUAAA